AUGUCAGUCGACGCCAAAGCCAAGCUGGCCAAGGUCGAAGUGCUCUACUUUGACGUCUUUGGUACGGUCGUCGACUAUGUCGAGACGGUCACUCGCGCCCUUCGUCACGAAAUUGCCUACACUUCCCUUCCUGACCCGGUCCUCAAAGCUCUCCGACACGACUACGACUGGCAACGCUUCACCAUCAAAUGGCGGGAGCAGUACAAGCUGGAGACUGCGCGGCUUGCCUCCUCCGGCAAUCCCGACAGGAUCACGGUCGAUCAGAUGCACAUGACUGCGCUGAACAAGCUCGUCUCUGCACUUCCCCUUCCAGACCCGACCGGUACGAUCGGCGAGCUCCCGGUGGAAGAAGUGUCAAAGGCGCUCGAUGAAGCGUGGGGACAGGAGGUGAGGGAGAGACUCAACUUCACCUGGCACCUGCUCGAUCCCUGGCCCGACUCCGUCCAAGGCCUCAACGAGUUGAAGCAGAGAUUCAAGAUCGGUACCCUGACAAAUGGCAAUCUCAACCUGAUGGUGGACAUGGCGAGGAAUGGGAAGCUGCCCUGGGAUUUUCUGUGCACAGCAGACAUGCUGGGCAGCUUCAAGCCGGAUCCCCAGAUGUACAGGAAGGCCAUGCAGCUGUUUGAGAUUCAGCCGGACGUAGAUGGGGGCCGCGCUUGCAUGGUCGCCGCGCACCUGUACGACCUCGAGGCGGCCAAAGCGUGCGGCAUGACCACCGUCUUCGUCUCAUCAAGGCCGACAGAAGACAGCUUGCCGGCAGACGGCAAGCCAGAUUACGUCGACAUCGUCGUGGCCGACCUCUUGGAGCUGGCACAGUUGAUCAGCUAA